UCACUGUGAGCCCCAAACUGAUAGAAAUACAAGCCGACUGGUUCACGGCUCGUCGCAGAGUUUAACUUUCAAUUUCGGUUUUAUUCAGGAAAAGAUGGAGGCCGUCUGAUGUGUGGCUGUAGAGUUGACUUGGUCAAACGUUGAAAACAUUGUGUUGGAGCUGUAACAAAGGUGUCCGACGACAAAAAGAGCGAAGCUGCUCGACUGAUCGUUCGUGUUUCCGCGUGUUGUCGCGUUCACUUCCCCGGCAGACGGAGACGGUCCCGGCUGUGACCGGAGGCUCUGCAGCAUGUUGGACGGAUCAGGGCCGGAGUGGCUGUCGGAGGAGGUGAAAACUGGAACGACCAUCAUCGCCAUCGAGUAUAAUGGAGGAGUCGUGCUGGGGUCUGACUCCCGCGUAUCUGCAGGGGCCUCAGUGGUGAACCGGGUGAUGAACAAGCUGUCGCCCCUCCAUGACAAGAUCUACUGCGCUCUGUCAGGCUCUGCAGCAGACGCUCAGACCAUCGCCGAGAUGGUCAACUACCAGCUGGAUGUCCACAGUAUGGAGAUAGGUGAGGACCCCCAGGUUCGCUCCGCUGCCACUCUGGUGAAGAACAUCUCGUACAAGUACAAGGAGGAGCUGUCAGCACAUCUCAUCGUGGCCGGCUGGGACAGAAGAGACGGAGGGCAGGUGUUUGCAACCCUGAACGGUCUGAUCACAAGACAACCUUUUGCAGUCGGUGGCUCUGGCAGCUCGUAUGUUUAUGGGUUUGUUGAUGCUGAGUAUCGCAGGGGAAUGAGCAAAGAGGACUGCCAGCAGUUCGUCGUCAACACUCUCUCUUUGGCAAUGAGCCGUGACGGCUCCAGCGGUGGCGUGGCCUAUAUUGUGACCAUCGACGAACACAGCACAGAGGAGAAAGUCAUCCUAGGAAAUGACUUACCCACCUUCUUCGAUCAGUGAUCAAUAUAUAGUUUUUCAUCUCAAACCUGCUAAGAUACUGUAGUGCAGCGUGCAAUUAGGUAUUUGUUUUGCUCACAGCUGCCAUUACACACAAACACUUUGUGGCCAUGUUAUCAACUAAUUCAGCUUGUUAAAAUAUUAGUCAAGAAAACUUUUACUAAUAAAAAAUUCCAUGCAUUGCUUCAUAAAUCCCAAAGAUAUUUCACGUGUAAUAUCAAGAAGCCUUUGUGUUAGUACGAGAUGACACCUGAUCAAGUUCGUGGCUCAUCAUUGAGAGACUUGAAUCAUGACAAACAACAUGAUCUCAGCAGAGGGUUGAUAGUAAGUAUGUUGUUACCUCUGACAUAGACCAUACAGUUUCUUUGAGAACAUGGAAAUUGUAUCAGAACAACUGUUUCGUUUGCCACCGAGUCAUGAGUGCAUUCCUGAGUGGCAAACUAAAUAAACAUAAAUGUGUCUCGACGAAUCCUGCAGAACUACAGAUGUUCUUUCUCUAAACAGCCCCACAGAAACACGUAAAAUGUAAAAGUAAAAGUGAAAUUUGUUGCACCACUUUUGUGGAUGAUGUCACUCUUUAUGAUGCCUGGUUGAUGGUUUGUAACCUGCCUACAUGACUGAGUCUGGACAUGAUUAAAAUCCUGCCCAUGUUUUUGUAUACUGACUAUCACAGUGCAUAUACACAUGAUUUAAUGUCAAUUAAUCAAAUAAAACCUGUGUUGAAAGGUG